GACUCUGUACUUUGCUGUCUGCCGAUACCUGGGCAACAAGGGACGCGCGAUCGACAGGGGCACCCGUUACCUACGCCAUGGCCCAAUGUGGAAAACUGUCUGCCACACAUUCGCCACACCCUCGGCUGUAGCAAUCUCAAUUCCACCACAAGGUUGCAGUUUCAGAGCUGCUAGUGCCGACUGGACAAGUGCGGAGAAGGCGAUGAAAAAGACCGAACCGCCGUUGGAUGACAAGUCACCAGAUCAACGCCGCUAUUUCGGGAAACACGCAGAGACGAAAAAGCAAUGUCGCCGUAGUCGUGUCCUCGGUCGCUUCAUGCCCGUCAUGGGCAACACAGCGUUCACGCCCAAUAAAGUCGUUCUUGCGACCAAGCAUAAGUUGCUGAAAUCCAUGUGCCGACUCUAUGCGCUUUGUAGUCGUAAUCAGGAGUGAGCAGCCGGGCUGAUGAUCGCUUCACCAAGCACACUGCUGCAGGUACGCGCAAAGGCAUCUCGGUGCCACGCGCCCUUGUGGGCUGCAUGUGGCUUGCACCUCCAGCACGGAUCAAGCGAACAAGGUAGCGCCCUCUUUCUUGGGAACGGCAUGCCCGGAACG